AUGGAUUCUAUGAAUAAUUCAAUGACUCAUUCAAAUAUAGCUCGACCGAUACCUUUAAAUCCUCAAUCAACAAUAACAGAUGCUAAAAUUGACAAGUCAUCAAUAGCAUGGUCGUCUUUACAUCGUUUACAUACAGAGGCGAUGUUUCGUUAUAAAGCAUUUCAAAUUCUACAAGCUCAAUAUUCUCUUAUGUCACCACUACCGCCACCGCCACCACCAAUUCAUCCUCACGCUCUAGCUGCGAUACUCUCUACGUCGAGUUCUUCAUCGAAUUCUUUAGAUUCAAGUACAAAUUCAUCAUCAUCGCCAUCAUUACCACCUGUUUCAUCACAUAAAGAAUCAUCGGAUGAGUGGUGGAGUGUAAAUGAGCAUUCCUCAAGUUUAUUUGGUUCAGUAACACGACGAUGUAAACGUUGUCGUUGUCCCAAUUGCGUUAAUCAACCAUCAACACUAUUAACUGAUUCAUCAUCAUCGAAACGUCAACAUAUUUGUCAUAUAUGUAAAAAAAUCUAUGGUAAAACAUCACAUUUAAAAGCACAUCUUCGUUGGCAUGCUGGUGAACGUCCAUUUCGUUGCACGUGGCUGUUUUGUGGUAAAGCAUUCACACGCUCCGAUGAAUUACAACGCCAUUUACGUACACAUACUGGUGAAAAACGUUUCGGUUGUCCGAAAUGUGGAAAACGUUUUAUGCGUUCCGAUCAUUUAUCGAAACAUUCAAAAACUCAUGAAACAUCCUCGUCAUCAUCAAUAACAACAACAACAACAACAACAACAACAACCAUCGAUCAUCUACCAAUGGAACUUUCAGAAACAACAAUGGGAACUAGUAGUACAAGUAGCGAUGAUAUAUCAUCACACGAAGAAGAGGAAGACGAAGAGGAAGAUGAAGAAGAAGAAGACGAGAUUAUUGAUGUGCAAUAUUGA